CUAGAAUUCAUAGUAAGAUUUUGUUUCCUGCCUCUAGGGUAGAUAGAUGGCCUUCAACAGUCUGAUCCAAAAUUCCAGCAACUCUCUAUAAUCCCUGUCAUUAUUUAUGUUAGGGUGGCCAUGUUUAGUCUUGUAGAGACAUAUUCCUGCAGAGAUGUGCUCCAACCCUACUUAGACACCCCUAGUAACAGGGGUUACUAGAUAGCUACAGGCAGGUUAGUUGUUUUUCGAGAAUUUUGAGACUUGGCCACAUCUAAGCUAUAGUGUUUAAUAUCCAAGCUGUAUAGAGUAUAUACUUUCCAAGCUGGAACAUCAUGCCAAGUACCCGUUGUGUUAGGAAACUUUUGCGUAUUCAGUCUUGUAGCUUUCUAAAUUGAAUCAAGAAACACUAUCAGUCAGAUUAUAGUAGUUAUUUCAGUCUGUUAGCCAUCGAACAUAUACAUCGCAGCAGUUUCUAGUUGCCUGUCUCUUGAUUGAGAUGUUGGGUUUGAUUAUUUUUUGUUGCACAUGUGUUUCUUUGUUUCUGGUUUUCAAUUGCACUAACUAACUGUUUAUCUCUGCUCUGUCCAUCGGGAAUGUCCUGAAGUUUACGCUAUGGAAAUAAAUCCACCCUGUGGGGAAAACCUAUAUGAUGAGGAUGGGAAGAAGCUUCCUCCGUGCAUCCCUGGAGCUUGGCUGACUCCCGCCAUCAUGGCCUGUUACUUGUUGGUGGCCAACAUCCUGCUGGUGAACUUGCUCAUUGCCGUCUUCAACAACACAUUCUUUGAGGUUAAGUCCAUCUCCAACCAGGUGUGGAAGUUCCAGAGAUAUCAGCUCAUCAUGACCUUUCACGACAGACCUGUGCUUCCUCCACCGCUCAUAAUCUUGAGCCACCUCUACAUCCUAUUUCGCAAACUCUGCUGCCGCUGUAGCAAGAAAAAGGAGGGAGAACUGGAUGAGAAAGAUAAAGGACUGAAGCUUAUACUCACCCCGGAUGAGCUGAAGAUGCUGUACGAGUUUGAGGAGCAAUGUGUAGAGGAGUAUUUCAGGGAGAAAGAAGACGAGCAACUUUCCUCAAACGAUGAGCGCAUCAGGGUUACAAACGAAAGGGUCGAGAACAUGUCUAUGCGCCUGGAGGAGGUUAAUGAAAGGGAAAACACAAUGAAGGCCUCCCUUCAGACAGUAGACCUCCGGUUGUCCCAGUUAGAGGAUAUCAAUGGUCGAAUGGUGAAUGCCUUAGAAAGACUGGUAGGAAUCGACCACUCUGAACUGACCCGGAGCCGCUCUACAGCCUCCUCGAUUUGCGAUCCCUCAUCUCUGCAGCGUCACAGUAGCAUCAACAGUGCUGACGGGUACAGCCUCUACCGCUAUUACCUCGGUGUUGAUGAACGUCCACCAGAGGAGAAAGAGGGAGAUCCGAAUAAAACACAGAGUACAACAAGUGUCAACACAAAAGAAUAUGGCCAGAACCUAGAAGUAGAUGUUCCAGGGGUAAAAAGACGCCUCGGUUCAUGUGUGGACAUCAGAAUCUUCCCUUGUGAGAAAGGUGAUGAAGUUGAAGGCACAAAGGCAGAAUCUCCCAAAUCGACAGUUCCUGAAAACCCAACGGCUUCUUUGGAAAGUGACACACUAAAACAAGCCUUGACGAUGGAGAGAACCAAGCUUCAGGCAACUACAUCUUACCCUCUGGAAAAGGUUGCAGCAUUCAGAUACUAUCCCUCAGAAGUACAAAGCAAAUCCCCGACCACUGUGCGGAGGUCUAAGAGCACGAUCUUGUACAAUCAAGCAAGAGGAAGACAAGCAAGUCAAGAUGGAGAAGGAAUUGAUGGAUCUGCUUCUUCAAGGCGUUGGAGUGCUGGCUAUGAGUAUAAGGUGCAUGCUAGUCUUUUCGGUCAGACACCAAAGGUUUCAAUGGUUAGACCCUUAGUAGAUGAGAUCGACAAGUUUAAGGACAGUUUCAAGGUACAGGAACAUACUGAGGACCAGAGGCCAAGAUCUUCUUCCAGACACAGUAAAGAAGAGAUAGGAUUGCAAGAUGGUGAGAAGAUACUAGAUGCUUCUGAUGAAGCAGUGAAUCAUGAAGGAGCUCAGGAGGUAAUUGAAGAUGGAAUAAACAAGACACAAGCAGAAGGGGUGACAUUGCCAGAAGUAGAUCAGAUGAAUCAGGAAGAAAGGAAUGACAUAGCGAACACUGAGCUGGAGACGGCAAGAGAACCAGGUGAUCCUGAAGGAAGCUACGGAAAGGAGGAAGGAACGGAGAAGCAAGAUGGACAAAAAACAGAUGAGGUAACAACAAUCGCAACUCCCUGUGACUCUGACGGCAGCCAUCUGCUCCUGCCAGAGGACACGAUGUUCCUUCCUGGGAGAUCCAAAAGCUGGUCUACCAAGUCCUGCAAGUCUUUAGGAAACAGCUUGAAAAGAGCCUACGGGUCGACCAGUGAAAGAGACCUUGCUGGAGCUUGUGGAGACUCUCCUGAGGAUCCAGCGAAGCCAGCAGCACACCAGACUGAUGAUACACAUUUGAAUGAGCCAUAGCCAUAUACCAUGGGUGUCCAAUCUUGAUCCUGGAUGGCCAACAUUACUAACCAUUUACGUCCAACCAGCUCUAAAGCUAUGUUCAAUUCCUCCUCCUGGGACAUUAGUACUUAUUUGACAAGUCGUAAUUAUGAUGUACAGAAUUUACAGCAGGCUUUGUUAACUCUCCUGAUAAGAAAUGAGAAGCAAAGGAUUCGCAUCAGGUGUGUUUUGCAUUUUUUAAUAGUUUUGAAAAUAAUUUAUGAGGCCACUUAAAUCUAAUCAUAUAAAAACGUAAUCGUUGUUGUAUUACAAUGCCGUCACAUUCAAAAAGCUUGUCUUUUUAGUAAAUAAAGAGACUGACAAACACUGUAUCCAACAAUUCUGCCAUGUUUCUUGCCGACUUGGCCCCAACCUGGAAAUUCAGGACUAAGAGAAAAUUCAUAAC